CCCACCUCGACACAAAAACUAGGCCAUGGAAGACAUCUUCCAGAGAGGUAGUUGAACAGAUUCCGCUAUGGAGCAAAUGCCCUGGAAGCUUCUCCGUGCAGUCAACUCUAAAGCUUGUAGUCUUAAUUUGUACAUUUAUAAUUGAAGAAACUGCAAAUUUGCCCAAUAGUUUUUAAGUUCCUUCUUUUUGUUUUAGUCACAUACAGAUAAAUCUCAUGCUUUGGCAGGUUACCAAAUCAUUAUUUUCCUCUUGAAAUAUAUGUUGAGGAAACUAGCUAGUGCAUCACCACCUAUAUCUGUCUGAACCUGCAUCUAUUUUUUCCCCCACUUGUCAGGUCCAAUUAAAUGGUUUUCAUUUAAGCUUUUCAAGAGAAUUAUCCGAAUUCCCUCCUAUCACUUGAGUCAUCGAAGACAAUCUUCAUGGCAAAUACUAGGAAAAUCAUCACCAUUCUCCUAAGGCUUCUAGCCUUGGGUGCAACUCUUUCUGCAACAGUUGUCAUGGUUACUAGCCAUGACUCUGCCGAUGUUUUGAACAUAAAAUUCUCAGCAAAAUAUAGCAACUCCCCCACAUUCAAGUAUUAUGUGAUUGCUGAGGCAAUUGCAACCGGCUACAGCCUUAUAGUUCUGUUCCUCUCUUCAAAGAGUUUAGUUUGGCGCCUGAUUGUGAUCCUAGAUGUGGUCAUAGCAAUGCUAAUAACCUCGAGCAUCUCAGCUGCCUUGGCAAUAGCUCAGAUAGGUAAGAAAGGGAACAGUCAUGCAGGUUGGCUGCCCAUUUGCGGACAAGUUCCAAAAUUCUGCGACCAUGUCACUGGAGCCCUUAUAGCCGGUUUUGUUGCAGCAAUAGUUUACUUGGUGCUCAAUCUUUUUUCUCUUCAUGCUGUUCUCAGUCCCUUAUUUCCAGCAAAAUCUUAUGCAGACAGAUCCUAGUAUGGGGUUUAAGCGUUUCUGCCAU